UUUCGCGCUGCAGGAGUCGGAGAGCAUCAAUGGCUUCUCUGCCGCAGCCAUUGCCGUACGGCGGCAGCUACUAUCCUUCCACCGGCUCCGUCCGGCACACUGGCAGGCCGGCGCCCGACGAGGGCGGAGGCUCCUUCGGGCCGGUGCUCGUGGUGCUCGCCGUCGUCUCCUUCCUCUCAGCCGCCGCGUGCAUCGCCGGCCGGCUGUGCGGCCGGAGGUCAUCGUCGUCCAGGGGAAAGUCCUCUGCAGAGCAGCAGGGCGCUGCCGAUGCGGAGAAGGGAUUGGAUGCUGCCAAGCACCCGGCGGUUAUGAGGCCCCUGCCGAGCUCCCGCGCUACGGUGCACGACAUGGACGACGAUGACGUUUUCGAGAUCAAGUUCGCGCACGUGAAGCCGCCGCCGGGGUGGGAGAAACACGGCGCCGGUGGCGGUGGCGGUGGCAGGGUGCCAGCGCUGCCUCAGCCGCUGCUCGGCCCGCCCUGGCAGUACGCGGCAGCAGGCUUCAGGUGCGCUCCAGCAAACGGCGCCGGUGUAGCGAGGCAGGCGCAUCCGCCGCAGGUCAGGGGUGUUGGAGAUUCGUGCACUGCUCCUGCGAGGCCAACAAAGUAGAUGAUCGCCGUACGAUGUUUCUCGAUAGUACGUUUCAAUAUACCAUUAAACUACACCGUCCUGUAAUAGUCUGUGAACAUUGAGUUGUGCUUCUAGUUUCGAAA